AUGGACAUGGAGGAAAGUGUAAACUUCAAAGAUAUUAGCCACGCACCACCAAAGAAUACCGUUACCACCAGUUUACAAAGAAAGUUUACAAAGAAUACCGUUACCGAUAUUUUUACAAAGAAUCUAGGAUCUCUUGUUGGGUAUGCUCGUCAUGAAAAUGAUGUGAGAGAUCACGUAACUUGCAAUGGUUUUGUGCCAAGAGCGGACAAGUUGUCAGAAUUAGGGAUCCACUUCGAAAGAGAAAUACCUACUUUGGAUGCUGAUGAAUUGUCGAACCAAGAUGAUUUGGAUGAUGAUCUAGUAGGGUUGUUACAUGAUGCACGUGAUGCUUUUAGAGAGGGGCCGAAUGAUGAGGCAAAAAAGUUUUUCCAGUUACUUGAAGGAGGUCAGGAGGAAUUGUAUCCCGGGUGCAAGACGCAUUCAAAACUUUCCUUUAUGAUCAGACUACUUAUUAUAAAGUGUGAUCAUAAGUUGACCAAUGGUGCGUAUGCUGAUAUAGCAGACCUUGUAAGGGAGGCGUUCCCUGAUGCAAAAUUGCCCAAGUCUUUUAAUGAAGCGAAGAGUGCUUUAAAGGUGUUGGGGUUGAAUUAUACUAAGAUAGAUGCAUGCCCCAAGGAUUGCAUGUUGCACUGGGAAGAGCAUGCAAAUGCCACAAGUUGCCAUGUUUGUGAUACACCAAGAUGGAAGUCGAAUGAUACAGAGAACGACACACCACUUGAAAAUGGAAAAGUCCAUAGGAUUCUCAAAAAGAUCCUUAGGUACUUUCCAAUAAAAAGAAGGUUGCAAAGGCUAUUUAUGUGCCAAGAGACUGCAAGCAACAUGACAUGGCAUACUAGUGGGCGAGAAAAUGAUCAUCUUUUACAUCAUCCAGUAGACGGAAAAGCUUGGAAGGAGUUUGAUUCUUUGUAUCCAAAGUUUGCCGAGGAUCCGCGCAAUGUGAGGUUGGGUCUAGCUACUGAUGGAUUUAGUCCAUUCAAUUCAAUGAGCAUUGCACAUAGUACAUGGCCAGUUAUAUUGAUCAAUUAUAACUUGCCUCCAUGGAUGAUUAUGAAGCCAGAGUUUUUGAUGUUAGCUUUACUUAUUCCUGGCCCUUCUUCCCCCGGUAAUGAUAUUGACAUUUAUUUGCAGCCACUAAUAAAGGAUCUAAAGGAAUUGUGGGAGUUUGGUUUGGAAACUUAUGAUUCUUCAAGCAAUCAAAGGUUUGACAUGCGUGAAGCUUUGAUGACCACCGUUAGUGAUUUUCCAGCUUAUGCAAUGUUGUCCGGGUGGAGCACAAAAGGAUAUUUUGCAUGCCCUGAUUGUCACUAUGACACUGAUUCUGAGAGAUUGGAUUUUAGUAAAAAGAAUUGUUAUAGGGCAACUCGUAGAUUUCUUGAUCCAGCUCACCCUUGGCGUUAUAAUAAGAGGAACUUUGACGGAGUGAUUGAGGAAAGAAGUGAGCCUAUUCCUUUGAAAGGAACCGAUGUUGAGUAUAUGUUGCGUGAUUUUCCAAAUGAAUUUGGAAAGAAGCAAAAGAAAACGAGGGGUGAUGAGGAUGAUCCAGUUCUAUGGAGAAAGAUAUCCAUACUUUUUCAGUUGCCAUAUUGGAAGCAUUGUUCCAAUCGCCAUAAUCUCGACGUAAUGCAUAUUGAGAAAAAUGUGUUUGAUAAUGUUCUUGGGACAUUAUUAGACAUACCUGGGAAGACUAGAGAUCAUGAAAGUGCUCGUCGAGAUUUGGUAAAAAUGAAUAUCAUGCCGGAGCUUCAACCAAAGUUGGUAGAUGGUAGAGAAGUAUUCCCAAGAUCUCGCUUCUUGAUGUCAUUGGAACAAAAACGCAAGUUCUACCGAGUCAUAAAAAAUUCUAAGUUACCACAAGGCUAUGCUUCUAAUAUUUCUCGAUGUGUGCAAGUCGAAGAUCGAAAAAUCACAGGCUACAAGAGCCAUGAUGCUCAUUUUAUGAUGAAUUACUUGCUCCCUAUUGCCGUGAAAACAACAUUACCCAAAGACGUUGCUACACCGUUGAUAAGACUUUGUGGUUUCUUCAAAGGCAUAUGGAGUAAAACUAUUGAUCCUCGACAUCUCGACAGACUCCAUUCUGAGAUAGUUGAAGCACUUUGCAUGCUUGAGCGGAUUUUUCCACCUGCCUUUUUUUGA